UUUUUAGAAUCCGAAAACAUUUCUUGUUUGUUUGGACACCCACUGAAAGGAAUGAUUGAAGGAAGAAAUGUGAAAGAAUGUAAAAUUAUCAGUGCAUAAGAUGUAUAAGCGUAAAAACAACUCACACAAUCUCUUUUUUAUGGAGUAAUAUUUGAUUUAAUUAAAACAAAUUUUUUCUGGGUGCUUUCGUUUGAUUAUGGAAACUAAAUAUGUUAUUUACAUUUAGAUUAGUUUUACUAAUCCCAUUACAUUUAAUAGUAAAUAACACCUUCCCCAACAUUCAAGUUACUAGGUGAAUUCAUUAUCUUAGUUACUACACUUGAUUAAGAAAGCAAGCACCAUGGCAACUUGUAAACAAACUGCUUAUGAAUUAAUACAAGAUGUAUUUUCUCCUUGUGUAGCAGUUCUUUGCAGUAGUGAUGUCGAUCAAGUGUGUGCAAAAAACAAUCUAACAUUUGUGCAAAUGAUACAACCAUUCUGUAGAUUAAAUACUGAAGCUACUAUAAGAGAUUCAAAUAAUGUACCUUGUGCCAUAAAGAAUUUUCGUGUCAUAAUGAAGCACUUGCAUGCGCAACCUCCCUCACCAUCUGCAGGGAAAAAAAUGAUGCAUGAUGCUGUAUCAUCAAAUAAUUUACUAGGUUCUGAAGGAAUUUUGAUGAAUACUUUGGAGACAGAAAAUUAUUAUCUAAAAUAUUGUUCUACUACUCCAUGGUUUGAAGCAUACAGGGAGGUUUUUUUUCAAGUUACUUCCUCACCUGAGCAUGAGUUUAUUCACAAUUAUUUAUCAUGUAUAUUUGUUGUAUCUUCAUCACAUCAAGAUCCCCUGAGCCAAAUUAAUGAAUUGUCACAGCAACUUAUUCAAUACCAGCAAAGUUCUCAUAAUUCUAGGUGGUUUUUUACUCAAGUGCUUACUUAUUAUCUUCUGGUUCAUGAUGUGUCAUCUGAAGAUUUAGCUAAAGCAGAGGCUGUGUAUCAAAGUAUGAAAAGUUCAUUUGGAUCAACAUCUUGUCAUCUUCUUCAAAUAAAUUCUACAACUGGUGCAGUUCAAAGUGCCACUCAUGACAGAGAAUCUUCUGACAACAUGCCUGAUCCUUGGAGCCAAUUUUUGCCUAAAUACUAUGUCCAAAAUAAUAUUUCUUCAAAUACUCAAGCAUCGGAAGAAAAUCAUGUAGAAAUUGAUGACGGUAAAUCUGUUGAUGAUUCAGCUGAAGGACAACAGGAAUUGAAUUCUAUUCAUCAUCCCCUACUUAAUAAUUCUGAAGCUGUUGCUGUGCUUUCUGAUUCUUUGCUAGGAAAUUCAACGGAUGAUGUUUCGGGACUCUCAAACAGGUUUUCUAAAAGUAGUGCCCGCUCAAAAAAACAUGGCUUGUGUCUAACACUGAGUGACAUAGAUCGUAUUAAGUGUUUUGUCCAAGAUUUUUGCAUUCAAAGUCUCAUUCCUUUUGUUGAGAAGAGAGUAAAAAUACUAAAUGAACAGGUAGCCAACCGCAAAGGAAUUCAUAGAACUAUAUUUGGAGUCACCAAAAAGUUUUUUGGCAAUAAACCAGGAGCUCAAAGCCCAGCAUCAUCAAUGAAUUCUGUUGUGUACGGACCAGAUGCCCCUGAACUACAAGUCCGGAAACUUGGCGAUUUGGCAUUUAUGUUUCAGUUGUAUGAACUGGCUUAUCAAGCUUAUCAUACUGCCAAACGUGAUUUCAGUGCAGAUCAAGCUUGGCUGCAUUUUGCUGGUGCUUCAGAAAUGGCUGCUUUGUCUGCAUUUAUGCAAAAUAACCCUGCUCAAGAAUAUCCAUUACGAUACAUAGAAAGUGCUAUUAACACAUAUCUUCAUCCUUGCAAAUUACCUGAACUGGCCAUUCGAGCUACACUUUUAAGCACUGAGUGCUUGAAAUCAAAAGGCAUGUAUAAAGAAGCUGCAGAGCAAUUUGUUAGAUCGCCUAUUGAUGCAGAUUUGCCUACUGCACUUUGUUUGGAACAAGCUGCAUAUUGUUACAUUAAUUGUAAACCUCCGAAGAUAAGGAAAUAUGGAUUUUAUGUGAUUCUUGCUGGUCAUCGAUUUAACAAAGCUGGUCAAAGAAAGCAUGCACUUAGGUCCUACAAGCAAGCGGAGCAGAUAUAUCGGUCAAUAGGCUGGAACUUUGCUAAUAAUCAUAUCAGUUUUACUGUUGGACGUUUAUCGAUUCAACAAAACCAACUUGAAAGUGCUUGCUCUGCUUAUGAGCCUUUAUUAGUAUCAAACUGUUUACUCCCUGUUGCUGAACAAUCAGGUUAUCUUUGGGAUUAUCUAUUUGUUCUUAAGAGGUUCUUAGCCCAGAAACCAAUCAAAGGUCUUCCUUCUCUACCUGUUCCUUUUGUACAAUCUGAAGCUACAAAGGUUCUUUUAGCAGAGGAUACAAAUUUUGAUGAAAAAGGCCUACUUGAAGUGAGUGGUCGAGGUUUUGAUCGGAGUGAUAUUAAUAACAACAUUUGGGAAAAGCUAGAAGAAAUAGUUGUUAAUCGAACAUUAAAUAAUUCAUUUUACUACAAUCAGUUGCAGUGCUUCACUAGUAAAACUGAUAAUUCUCAUAAGCCAAAAGCUGUAGUUGAUGAAACAAUAACAGUAGAGUUGGCAAUAAAAAACCCGCUGUCUGUUUGUCUUACCAUUGAAAAUAUUUAUCUGUUAUGGACAUUUAUUCCUCAGUCUAAUAGUGAUGAAGUAGGAUCAGUUCUUCAAAAUGAGCCAGGUCUCAACCAGCCUGAUAUACUUAAUGCAGUUGCUGAAACUGUAAUUUUACCAAAAGCUGUAAUUGAACCAUACCAAGUAAAAAAGAUUCAUCUUGUAUUGUUACCUAAACAGACAGGAGAAAUAUCCAUAACAGGCAUUACAUAUAACUUAGUAGCUUCAACGCUGGACAAAGAUUUAAAUGGAGGUAAUACUGAGGAGGAAAAAACUUCUGUUCUUUCCAUUAGAGGUAAACAGCUUUUUACAACCAGAGGGCCAAGAUUGAACAAAACAUCCCAGCAGCGAGCCACCAAGGUUUAUGCCGAAGAUAAUAGAUUAAGUAUUAGCAUAUUGGAACCUUUGGCGAAAUUGCAAGUGAAGUUUCAGUCUUUCCCGUAUAGUUUCUUCUGCGGUGAAGUGAAAAAAGUAAUAGCAAAACUUACUAAUGUCGGAAAACAUAAAUUAAAGCGAGUGAUAGUUGCCUCUCCUACUCCUGGCCUGUUUGCGAUUGGAAUUCCUGGUGACAUAAAUAAUCCAAAUGCCAUUUUGAAAGAAAUAACUUCUUCAAGGCAGCCUUCUCCUGUGAUGUCAAAGUGGGAACCAGAUUGGAUGAUAGAAAUCCUCAUGCCUGAUGGAGAACCAUGUGCAUUAGAUCCAGGCACCUCCAUAGAAAUACCAGUCUGGUUUAAAGGACCAGAAGCACCAGGAGAUCAUGAUUUAGAUCUUCUGUUUUAUUAUGAAAGUGAACCACCCCAGCACAAACUUAGGUAUCGACUUUUGCAAUUUUCGUGCGUUAUUGUUACACAUCCGUCUGUAGAUACUUAUUCUACUGCUAUGAGGAGUUUCUGCUCUAAAGAUCUUGCUAUCAACUUCCAUCCAGCUGCUAUUCCAACUAGCUUGAUACUAACUAUGUCUGUGAAAAAUUGCAGUGAGGAAUUAGAUCAAGUUAGUUUGAUUCAAAUAUCUUGCAUUAGUAAAAACUGGUGUCUUUUACCUUCUGAGGAAACUUGUAGAAGAAAUCUGUCUGUGAUACAUUCUGAAGAGUCUUUGAUGUUGAGCUUGAAAGCAAUUGGGUUUGAUCCCAAAACAACAGUUUCUAGUCAAAGGAUUAAAGUUUUUUCACAUAUUUCACUGGGAAGAGUAGAGGUUGAUAAUAGUUCCACACCAUGGCUAGAUUUCAGCCAGAAGUCUGGUUUAGAUCUUGGUACUAUUAUUGCUUCAGAGGUUGAUACUAAAGCUGUUCUUUUUCCAAAAGAUAUUUAUAAACUUGAAAUUGAACAAGAUAUCAUCAUUUUACUUGUUAUUAUUUGGAAGGCAAAAAUUAUUAAAGAUGGAAAAGAAGAAGUGAUAAUAGGAUUACAACAUGUUCCUAUUUAUAAUCUUGCACCUUCUACAGUGGAAUUGAAAGCAACUUCAGAGUUAGAAGAAGCUGCUGCAGAAAAUCAGGAGGUAGAUGUGGAUCAAGCAUUGAUGAAUGUGCCUUCUGAGUUAGUCAUAACAUCUAUGUUAAAAUGUGCAUUGAAUCAUUCGUUUUGUGUUCAACAUGAUUUUAGUAAUGAAAAGUGUGUAGCAGUUCCUAUUGAAUUUAUUGCUCAUAAUACUAGUGAUACAGAACUAAGCAUUAUUCUUGACAAUUCUUCUCAUCCAGACAGAAAUAUAAAUGCUUCUCUACCUGGAGAUAGUUACAAUCAGAUACCUCAACGAUUUACGUGGGUUGGAGGAAGUAAGCGUGAGUUUUCAUUAAAGCCUCAUACUUCUGUGCAGCUCUUACUAGAAACUUUGUUUUGGGAUCCAGGAACUUAUAACCUGAGUAGUAGUGUGAACAUUUUAGUGAAUAGUGGUAAAGAUAAUCUAUCCGUUUAUCCAAUGCCUCUACAUUUAAUUAUGAUAAACUCGAUUAAUGGUACAUAGCAAUAAUAGAAGAACUAUGUUGAAGUUUAUGUAAUUAUAUAAAAUAAUUGUACUAUUUGAGUUGUAAAAAUGAUCAAGUCAUUGAAAUGUUUUUAUGUACAUAUUGAGCUAGAAAUUAUGUACAAGAUGAGUUGUCCAUUUCAUUGUUUAUUAAUAAGUAAAAAAAAUUCAAAUUUAUUGUUAGAUUCUCUAAAAAAAGAGUGAUAUACGUGAUUCCAGAUUCCUUCAUUAAUGUUAAUCUCAGAAUAUUUAUCUUUAAAAAGAUUUAAAGUUUUGUAAAGUUUUAUUCAAAUAAAUCAUAACCAUAAUUUUUGUCAUAAGCUUUUUAAACUGUCAAAGUUUGUUUACAUAUUGCUUUGUUUUAAUAGAUGUUUUAUGAAAUAGUAGAUAUGUUAUGGAUAAAGAAAGUAUGACUGUUAAAUCUUGGUGCAACUGGUUAGGUGUAAGUAGGGGAUACCAGUCCUAGUCUGUUAAAGCCCGAAGAAUCUCCGUUUCUAAUUUUAACCGACUAAAACUAGGUAAAAACCUAAUUGGUUGAUGACCGAAGUUAUGUUGUUGUAUAUGUUCAGAAA